AUGUCUUCUGUCGACGAGAAACACGCUUCUGAGCCCGCGGCUGCGGCCGAUGUCGAGCCCGCCACCGCCGCCCCGACAACAACCGCUGUUGACGGCCCCGUUCCCCGUCCUGCCGGCUUCAUGUAUCGUGGCUUCCGUAUUGCUGGCAAGGAGCUCUGGUACGCUUCGCCCCGCAUCCAGCUCUUCAUGGUCUCCUUCGUCUGCUUCCUCUGCCCCGGAAUGUUCAAUGCUCUCGGUGGUCUCGGUGGCGGUGGUCAGGUUUCCACAAAGGCCUCCAACGAUGCCAACACGGCCUUGUACUCCACCUUUGCCGUCGCCGCCUUCUUCGCCGGUACCUUUGCCAACCGUCUCGGUCUCCGUCUGACACUUAGCUUGGGCGGUCUGGGUUACUGCAUCUACGCCGCUUCGUUCCUGUCCUACUCUCACAACCAGAACGAAGGCUUCGUCAUUUUCGCCGGUGCCUUCCUCGGUGUGUGCGCUGGUCUCUUGUGGACUGGCCAGGGUGCCAUCAUGAUGUCCUACCCCUCUGAAAAGGAAAAGGGACGCUACAUCUCCUGGUUCUGGAUGAUCUUCAACCUCGGCGCUGUCAUCGGUGCUCUUAUCCCCCUCGGCCAGAACAUCAACACAACAUCGCGAAGCACUGUUACUGAUGGUACCUACGCUGCCUUCAUUGUUCUCAUGCUGCUCGGUGCCAUUCUUGCUCUCUUCAUGUGCGAUGUGCCCAAGAUCAUUCGUGAGGACGGCUCUAAGGUCAUUGUUAUGAAGAACCCUUCUUGGCAGUCUGAGUUCAAGGGCUUGUGGGAGACUCUGGCCCAAGACCCGUGGAUCAUCCUUCUGUUCCCCAUGUUCUUCACUUCCAACGUCUUCUACACUUACCAAACCAACGACAUGAACGCCCCUCACUUCAACACCCGCACCCGCUCGCUCAACAACCUGUUGUACUGGUCUUCCCAGAUUAUCGGUGCUCUCAUCUUUGGCUACGCCCUCGACUUCCCCAAGGUCCGCCGUAGUGUGCGCGCAAAGGCCUCCUACAUUACGCUUUUUGUCUUGACCAUGGCCAUCUGGGGCGGUGGUUACGCAUGGCAGAAGAAGCAAGCUCCUCGCGGCGAGAUUGAGGGCAACUUGGACUACCCCACCAUUGACUGGACCGACGGCGGCGAGGCCUACAUUGGCCCCAUGUUCUUGUACAUGUUUUACGGAUUCUUCGAUGCCUGCUGGCAGACGAGCAUCUACUGGUACAUGGGUGCCCUUUCCAACUCUUCUCGCAAGGCUGCCAACCUGGCUGGCUUCUACAAGGGUAUUCAAUCCGCCGGCGCUGCCGUCUUCUGGCGUCUCGAUGGUGUCCAAACCGAGUACAACACCAUCUUCGGCGCUACCUGGGGUUGCCUUGCUGGUGCCCUCGUUAUUGGUGCGCCCAUCAUCUUCUUGAAGAUCAAGGACACUGUCACCGUCGAGGAGGAUCUCAAGUUCUCUGACGAGACUAUUGCGGACGUUGCUGCCCCGGGUACGGUCGACACCAAGUUGGAGAAGGAGGUCGCGUAA